AUGUCAACUGAAGAUUUGCCCAUGAAGGAAGACAUGGAAAGCAAAAUCAAUAAAUAUUCUGAGCCAGAACAGGUUCAAACUGGCCCCAAAGAAAAAGAAGCAUGGGUACUUGCAGAUCCUGCUCCGGACGGCGGCUUUAGCGCGUGGUCUGUCCUUUCUGGGUCGUGCACAAUCGCAUGGAUUCCGUCGUUACAGAUUUUCUUCAUGUUCGCGAUGGGCCCCAUCGUCGGUCAACUGUACGAUCGUUAUGGGCCUCGUUAUUUACUCUUGGUUGGAUCGUUGCUACACGUCUUCGGUCUUAUGAUGGCUUCCAUAUCCACGCAAUACUAUCAAGUCUUGCUUUCGCAAGGAGUUGUUAGUGCAAUUGGUGUUGCGACAAUAUUCCAGCCUGCACUCGGUGUUAUACCCGGUUGGUUUGAUAAAAUGCGUGGCGUUGCUUAUGGUAUUACGGCCACUGGUUCUAGCAUUGGAGGAAUCAUUUUUCCUAUCAUGGUACAAAAGCUGAUUGCCCAGGUUGGAUAUGGUUGGGCUAUGCGUAUUGCUGCAUUCAUGAUUCUUGGUCUUCUCGCAAUCGCCAACUUGGCAAUCAGGUCACGGAUUCCUCCACGGCCAAAACCUAUGACAAAGGAAGAAUUGCUACAACCAUUUCAGGAGCUAACAAUGAUUCUGGUUAUAGCCGGAUUCGUACUUCUUACCUUUGGCAUUUUCAUUCCAAUUGACUAUGUCGUAGCCGAGGCUUUGGAGUUGGGAAUGGAUCCGAACAUUGCUCAGUAUUUGCUUGCCAUGCUAAACGCUGGAAGCCUCUUUGGACGUUUGAUUGCCGGUGCGUUAGCUGAUACAUUGGGGGCGUACAAUAUUUUUACGUUCGUAUGCUACUUAUCAGGAAUUCUGGUCCUCGCUCUCUGGAUCCCUGGUACUGGGAAUGCAGCUGUAAUAGCCUUUGCAGUCAUUUUCGGUUUCACAUCCGGUGCCUAUGCCUCGUUGAUUGCGAAUCUGAUCGUCAAGAUUUCACCCAACUUCAAAGUAAUCGGAUACCGCACGGGGCUCGCAUUUUUAUUUGGCUCUAUCGGUGGAUUGACAACCAACCCAAUUGCGGGUGCCAUCCUACAAAAUUCGAAUGGAUCGUAUAUCGGGAUGAAGAUAUUUUCUGGGGUCUUUAUUAUGAGUGGAACGACACUUGUCUUCGCUGCUAGGUUGCACCGAACUGGGCCCAAGCUGGUGGCCAAAUUUUGA